AUGGAUCCAAUAUUAGAAAAUGAAGCUGCAUCAUCAGACUCAUCAAUCAAACAUGGAAAAUCUAAACAUAGAAAUAAGAAAAAAAAGAACCAGUUAGAAGGAACAAGUGAGAGUCAGACAGUUGUGGGUCAAAGGAAAAAAUUCGUUGUCACGACAUUAACAAGUUCAGAUGAUCAAAGUAUUCCAUCUGAAAAUUUACCUCAAAGUAAUGUGCAUACAAUACAUUUUGGAACACGUGGGGUUGAAUCACAGAGGCCCCAUGUUAGGUCCAUUUUUAAGGAAAGAGCUGACACAUCUAGGCCGUCAAGUGCUGAGAGGGAACGCAGCAAUAAAAAAGAAUAUGAAACUUUUCAUGGAACAUCAUCUAGUCCUCGUAGUUCUAUAUUUGAUAUAUUCCGGAUACGACGAAAAAGUGAUUCUAAGAAACAUCAAUCACUUUUAGAAAAUGUUAAAGGCGCUUUAGGUGGUACAUCAAAAUCUGUUGAAACCCCAGAAGUUUCUAAAGACGAUCAAAACAUCUCGGAAUCGAAAGAUUCCCAUAAGAACUAUUAUUAUACCGUGACAGGAGUUCCUGGAACAAAAAAAUCUAGUGCUCUUGAUAAAAUGAUGCAUAUAUUUAAGAGUAAGCCACAAACACAAACAGAACAAAGUACCGCUAGCACAACAAAGAAAAAGAGCAGCAAACCCGUUCGACGAUCGUCAAUUGGAACCACUUCUCCAACUUAUCAUAAAAAUUCUUAUGCAUCAUUAGACCCAGUACAAGCCAAGCAGUUAUUUAGAGAGGUUAGAGGUCUCCCUAAAUAUGAUCCAUACUUAUCUAUUGUACAAAUAUCGUUAGGGGGAAGAGAUAAAACAAGACUUCUUUUAAAUUUUUUUAAGUAUCAUAAAUGUUAUGAAAUUCUACCCAAAUCAGCAAAAGUGAUUAUAUUCGACACUCAAUUUCCGGUUAGGAAAACCUUUCCUACUUUAGUCUCGCAUGGCAUUCGAUCUGCCCCUUUAUGGGAUGCUCAUAAAAAAUUAUUAGUAGGAAUGAUUACAGUUACUGAUUUUAUUAGAAUUCUCCUACAUCUUGAAAAAGAAAAUUCAUCGAUGGAUGAUUUAGAAAAACAUACUCUCCAUAACUGGAAAAAAAUUCUAAGACCAACACGAAAGCCUUUAUGUAGUGUCGGUCCCGAUCAAUCUCUACAUGAAGCUAUUAAUUUACUAAACAAAAACAGAGUUCAUCGCCUUUUAAUGAUUGAUCCUAUGAAUGGAGAUGUAUUGUAUAUACUAUCACACAAGCGAAUAUUACGAUUCUUGUUUGUUUAUCUGAAUGAAUUUCCAGAAUUAACAUUUUUUCAUAAGAAGCUAUUAGAUUUGAAUAUUGGUACAUACGAAGAUAUUAUAUCUGUCACAGAUAAUACGACUAUUAAGGAAGCUUUUCGGUUAUUAUUAGAUAAAGAUAUUUCAGCUUUACCCAUAUUAGAUGAAAAUGGUGUUCUGAUAAACGUUUAUGCUAAAUAUGAAGUAUUGAAUUUAGUUAGUGAGAAGUUAUAUUUAAAUUUAUCGCUAACAAUAGGUGAAGUACGAGACAAAAAGAAAGACUGGGAAGAGAAGUUGCAAAAAUGUUUAUCGAGUAUUACCUUAUACGAGGCCUUAGAAAUUAUAGUUAGAACUGAAAGUCAUCGACUAUUAUUAGUAAAUAAAGAAGAUAAGCUUGUAGGAAUCGUUUCGCUAUCAGAUAUUUUAGUUUAUCUUAAUAGGGUCAUCCCUACGGAAAAGAAGGUUUCAUCACUUCAGGAAAUAUUUAGACCGUUGGAAGUAAAUAAAGUGCCGGAGUCAUUAAAAGAGAGUGAAAAUGAAGUAAUAACCAUUACUGUACCUAAUAUAAAUGCGCAAAAUGUACCUGAAGCAAGCAAUGUUGCUUGUGAUUCUAAUGAGCCUGUUAAUGAUAAUGUGCAGGCGAACGAAGGCGAGACUGAAGUAGAAGAUACUAGUCCAAAAUCUGAUACAGAUUCUAGGAAUAAUGAUGAGUCAGGUGAUGUCCCA